GAUUGCUAGAGUGUAGCCUCAGUUUUUAGUCUUUUAUUGUUUAAAAUUGGCUGUAAAUUGCUAUUAAUUUUAUUAUAUUGAUUUUGAUUAUCGAAUUUUUGGAGAAAAUUCAAAAAAUUAAAAUUUGGGAGUACUAUUUUGAAUUUUAAUUAAAAAUUUCAACUAUGAAAUGUGCAAUUUGCGACUCGGUAGCUCUUUCGCUACACUUUGGAGCUCCAAGUUGUAAGGCCUGCGCCGCAUUUUUCCGCCGUACAGUUGCUCUGGACAUCACCUAUGACUGCAUCACUGGAACUUUGGAUUGUGAAGUUAAUUUUGAACGACGAAUGGCCUGCAAACGAUGUCGAUAUCAGAAAUGUAUUGAUAAUAAUAUGCAGAGAUAUUUGGUUCAAUCGAAAAAAGGACGACCAGACGCAUCGACAGCAAAUGGAAUCGAAAAUCCCACAACAUCAGCUUCUCCAUCAAUACCGUCUCCCUUCUCACCACCAUGUCCAUCUUCGCACAAUUCUGCACCGUCUGGAUUACUAUCUCCGAUGGAAACCGAUGAAAUCCAGAAAUUAAAUGAGCAUUUCUUCAAAAUGGACUCAAAUUUAAAUAAAAGCAGACGAAUGGCUUUCACGGAUUCCAGGCUGCUGGAUAUUUUUUCAGGAGUUUGCAAAAUGCCCUUCGAAAAGCACCAGCUCCAGCCAUUCGACUUCCGCUCGUACCGUGGCUAUCAAAAACAGGAAUACGUGAUGCUUUUCAACUAUGCGAACACGCUACCCGGCUUCCAAGAACUCUCGAAUGCUAGUCAGAACUUUUUAUUCCGAAUCGCUUGUGGUGUGGAUUACGUGAUUAGCAGCUCUUAUUACACAUUGUGCAUUGGUACCGAAAGCAAUUUGCUAAUUAAUCAAGAUGGUACCUAUAUCCAAAUGAUGCCCCUUCCUCUGAUGGGUGAUGAACCCGGUACUGAGCUAAUGUUCACCAGGAAAGAAGAGCUGGAAAAGUACCGGAACAUCAUAAAACCCCGUGUCAAUUCCUGGCUUGAGUUUAUCCCGUUGUUCAAGUCCCUGGAGUUGAGCUUCGAAGAGAAUGCUAUUCUAAAAGCACUGUGUUGCUGGCAAACUGCUCAUUUUAAGCUGGAAGAGUGUGAUAAGGAGAAUGUUAGAAAGCAAAAGUCUCUAUUGGUUCAAUGUCUGUUAAAGUUUUGCAUCGAUACAUAUGGAGAGGAAGAGGGGCCUGCGAGGGCUGGAAAUAUCAUCUUGUUCUCUUCGUCUAUCAGUGCCGAAGUAAUGGAACUUGUGAACAGUCUGAUCAUAAUGUCCUUCUUCGAAAUUAUGGAGUGCGAUCCGCUGAUCAACGAGAUUUUGUCAACUACCACUUUGUUCUCUUAACGUUUUUGAUCUCCUUCAUGUAGCCAUAUCAAAUAAAUACUUUCUUACCAUU